GUAUUUGUCUUUCUCUGUCUACUUUACUUCACUUAGUUCAUCUUUAAGUCCAAACAUGUUACUGCAAAAGGAAUUAUUUUGUUCUCUUUUAGGACUUAGCAAUAUUCCAUUGUAUAUGUGUAUCAUAUCUUCUUUAUCCAUUCCUCUGUUGAUGGACAUUUAGGUUGCUUCCAUGUCUUGGCUAUUGUGAAUUGUGCUGCAGUGAACAUUGGAGUAUAUGUACCUUUUCCGAUUAUGGCUUUCUCUGGAUAUACCCAAGAGUGAGAUUGCUGGAUCAUAUGAUAGUUCUACUUUAGAUUUUAAGAAACUUCCCUACUGUUCUUCAUAGUGGCUGUUACCAAUUACCAUUCUUACCAACAGUAUAGGAGGGCACCCUUUUCUUCACACCCUCUCCAACAUUAAUUGUUUGUAUUUCGAUGAUGACUAUUCUGACCAAUGUGAGGCUAUACCUCAUUGUAGUUUUGAUUUGAGUUUCUCUAAUUACUGAUGUUGAGAUCUUUUCAUGUACUUUUUGUCCAUCUGUAAUUCUUCUUUGAAGAAAUGUCUAUUUUGAUCUUCUGCCUAUUUUUUUAUUUUUUUGACAUAGAACUGCAUGAUCUGUUUGUAUAUAUUGGAGAUUAUGACUGUAAACUAUUUGUGCAGAUAUACCAGUGUAUACCAGUUGACUCUCAGCCCCAGUAGAUCUGUAUGUAAAAACAUGAAAUGAUCUCAGAGACAUAUUCCUUAGUGAAAAAAGCAUCAAAUUGCAUAGGAGCAUCUAUAGAACAAUUUUAUUUAUGUAAAAAAACCAAAUGCUAUAUAUAUAUGUAAAAAAUAUGUAGAAAAAAGACUGAAAGUAUAUACUCCAAAUUAUCUCUGGGAAGGAGAUGGGUUUGUUCUGGUAGAGUGGGGUGGUGAUGGUUAUACAAAUUACAGUUUUAUCCUAUAUACCUACAUGUUAUUAUAAUAUUUUAAAGUGAGGAUACAUUCAUGUGUAACUUGUAUAAUUAAAAUAGAAGGUGGCCUCAGGAAAUAAGAAUGUUUGUGUCUCCAGACCAUCUAGAGGAGAGAUUGCUCUGAUGGCGGGGUGCCUGAAUAUUUGUUCUCUGAUUCUGUGUAGCUUUAUGAGUGCAUCAGAUUCAAAGUUUGAUGCUGUUAAGAUUGUCUAAGUAGUCCACUCUUUCUCCACUUCUGUGCUUCCUGAGGUGUGUCCUGAUGACAACAAUUUGGUUGUCAUACAGUUUUUCUAUAAUGGGGAGAAUGUAUUAACCAGCUGGAUGUUAAGCAUAAAAACUUUUCACUGUAAACUAGUAAAGUGACUCUGUGGGUUUUUUUUUUUUUUUUUUUUUUUUUUGACUUUGUGUUUGCUACAUCAUUCUCCUUGUGAAUUUGAUUAGUACAUGUCAGAUAAUGAAGAGUUUUUUUGGCUUCAAAGGUGAGGGCCAGAUUCUGGCUGUAGUGAAGUUACUAUCCACUAGGGUCUUCUUCCUUACGGACCACCUCUAUCUUAUUUUUCUGUAAACAAAACAGUGGUAGUUUCUUUCAUUGAGCAGAGCUCUAGUUUCCAAACUUGGAGAUUUCCCAGUUGUAUGUAGGGGGACAACAAUGGAUGCUGAAUGUUUUGGAGAGAGAGAGAUCCAAAGAGACACUAUCAAGGUGAGUGAAUAGGGAAGGAUUGGUGAGACGGACCUAGCAAAGGUUACAGCCUGGAUCACCUUUGAAAUCUUAACAGAGAAGUUCUUCAGUUAUCACUAGUCUGUGAAGAUACUACUUAUAGGCAACCGAAGGAAACAUCAUUACUUUUCACCCAUUUUUUUGAGGACUAGAGACUAGAUGAGUAGUAAUUUUCCCCAACACUUAAGUUACCCAAGAUUAGUAUCUUAUUAUUCUCCUCUUUGUCAGUCUGGAUAAUUCUAAAUUACUGGAUCAGGUUUUAGUAUUUGUGUGUUUCAGAAUAAAUCACAGUAGGGAAAUUUAUAGAUUUCCCAAGACCUGUCAUUACUUAAUCUCUUUCAGCCAAUCACCUAUUCUAAUCUUUUCUCCCCAUCAUUGUAAUCUUCCUCUGUUAUUGACAAGAGGAUAAAAAUCAGGGCUCUACAAUGCAGGUCCUCUGUUCUGCAUGUAGGAUAUUUUCCUUUGUGGAUUUUUUUCAGGUGAGAAAACCAAGCCUGAUGGCACAGUGUUAAAUGACUUGAAAAGAUGUGGAAGAUCAGAGAGCCUGGUCAUCAGAGGUUUGCAUUAGGAGAAGCUGAAGAUGCAUGCUGAACAAGGACUAGGAGGGGAAAUUGUGAGGAAUGACUGGGAGGACACCACAUGCACACAGACCUUUUACAGGAGAGCAGUGUUACUCUAAAGAUAAUCAUCUUUGAGAAAGUUCCUGUAAAUAUGAAUUUGACAGAAAAUUUCUUGUAAACUGGAGCCUAUCAGACAGAUGUCCUUUUAUUGUUACAGACAGCAUGAGUUCCAGCCAGAUUUCACUGCACAUGAAACAUCAGAGAUUUAACAGGCGGAAGAAACCUUCAGAAUGUAGCGAAUGUGGAAAGUGUUUUACUCAGAGAUCAUCUCUUACCCAGCAUCAGAGGAUUCACACAGGAGAGAAGCCCUACGUAUGUACUGAAUGUGGAACUUGUUUCCGUAAACAGUCAAAUCUUACUCAACAUCUUAAGAUUCAUACAGGAGAGAAACCUUAUAAAUGUAAUGAAUGUGAGAAAGCUUUUCAAACAAAAGCAGUCCUCAUCCAGCUUCUGAGAAUUCAUACUGGGGAAAAACCAUAUAAAUGCAGUGAAUGUGGCAAAGCCUUUUGUCAGAGUCCGUCCCUUAUUAAACACCUGCGAGUUCACACUGGAGAGAAACCCUAUAAAUGUAGGGAGUGUGGCAAAGCCUUCAGUCAGAGUAUAUGCCUUACUCGUCAUCAGAGAAGUCAUUCUGGAGAUAGACCUUAUAAGUGUAAUGACUGUGGGAAAGCCUUUAAUCAGAGUGCAUGCCUCAUGCAGUAUUGGAGGAUCCAUUCAGAAGAGAAGCCCUAUACAUGUACCAAAUGUGGUAAAGCUUUCACUCAGAACUCUUCCCUUGUUGAACACGAGAGGACUCACACUGGAGAGAAACUUUAUAAGUGUAGUGAGUGUGAAAAAACCUUCCGCAAGCAAGCACACCUUAGUGAACAUUACAGAAUUCACACUGGAGAGAAACCUUAUGAGUGUGCUGACUGUGGGAAGUCCUUCAGGCACAGCUCAGCACUUGUGCGACAUCAGAGGCUUCAUGCUGGAGAAUAAACUCGAGAUACAACCAGGGUGAAAUAUGAAAACAAAUUUUUUUUUUUUCAAAAUUCUUAGGAGAUUAAGAUUCAGUCUUUGGCUGGGAUGAAUAUGUUGUAUGUUGCACAAGAGGCAAUUGUGUCUUAAAAGUUAAGAAAACAGAACUAGACAGUCUUGAGUUUGAUGGCUUCUCUGCCACUUAAUGGAUGUCUGACCUUACCUGUCUGAGCCUCAGUUUUUCCCAUCCCCCCUAAAAAAUAACAAUGAUACUUACUACGGUUGUAUUGAGAAUAAAAUGAAUUCUAUAUAAUAACUAACUGCCAUUAGUUGAUUUUGAGUGAUAGAUGUUCCAGAAGUUAAUAAAUCUUGUUAUUGAAAACAAAACUCAACAUCUUUUUUUCUUUUGGUUCUCCUAGUUUAUUUCUUCUGAAGAAUAUUCUUGUAAUUGAACUGUGAUUUUAUACUUAAUCUACA